AUGAUGAUUAAUCCUGAUUCUUCAACACAACGAGAUAGUAAACGACUAAAAAAUAUAAAUUUAACAGAAGCUGAAUGUUUAAUGUACAGUAUAUUAGCAGUAAUUAAUCAAAAAUUAAUACCAGAUGAUAAUUCUGAUGUUAAGAUUAUAGAUUUAACAAGUCUGAAUACAGUCUUUGAUGAUGAUGUUAGUUAUGAAGAUAUAUUAGAAGAUAAACCAAUUACUGAAUGA